AUGGAUCAAUUAAUAGAAUUAGUACCAUUUUUAACUAAUCCAAAAGCAGAGAUUAAAAUUUUAGCAUUACAACAUCUCUCAGGUGUUUCAGACAACCAAGAUGCUAGAGAUGUCUUAAAAAAUACUCAAAUUAUUAAUAAUUUACUUUAUUUAAUUGGUGAUAGCAAUCAUGUUAUUGUAAGACAUUCAUUAACAAUUUUAAUUAAUUUAUGUCAAGAUGAAACUUUUUUAGCAGAAAUUACUAAAAAAAAUAUUGUACCAAGAUUAGUUGAUGGUACCACUGAUACAAAAAAUAAAUUAAAUGAAAUUUUUGCAAUGUUAUUAUCAAAUGUUACACAUACCAAAGAAGGUUGUCUUCAAUUAAUGCAAUGCGGUAAAGAAUUAGAGGCAUUUUAUAUUAUGAAAUUAGUACAGGUAUUAACUUCAGGAUCAAGUCAACCAGAUUUUUUAACAUCAGCUAAAUAUAAUUGGAUUAUAAAUGUUAUUUUAAAUGUUACACAAAUUCAAGAAGGUAGAAAGAUUGUUUUAGAGGAUGAAAAUCAAAUUUUCCAAUUAAUUCUUCCAUUAAUCAAUCAUAAAAAUGUUAUUAAAAGAAGAGGUAUUCUUGGUAUCAUCAGAAAUUGUUGCUAUUCAGAACAACACCACCCACUUUUAAUUUCAGAUAGAUUUGAUAUUCUCACAAAACUUUGUUUAAUAAUCAGAGGAAAUGAUAAGUUGGAUGAAGAUGAAUUAGUAGGUAUCAACACUCAAUUACACAACGCUUCAAUUCCAGUUGGAAAUGAAAGAGAUGAAGAUAAAGAAUGCAGAAAAAUGGUUAUCGAUUCAUUAAUCUUUUUAACAGGUACUAAAAUUUCAAGAAUAGCAAUGAGAGAUUCAAAAAUUUAUCCAAUUUUAAGAAAUUAUUAUAAUGCCGAAAGUGAUGAAGAUCUCCGUGACAAUGUCGAAAAAGUUGUUGAAAUUAUUUUAAGAGAAGAAGGCGAAGAUGAAAAUAUAUCAACUGAACCAUCAUUCGAUCAAAAUAAAAGACAAAAACUCGAAGAUGAGGAUGUAAAUUUUGAUGUCGAAGAGAUUUAA